GCUUACCAGUUUCACUUAUGAACGGGGAACAGGGUGGACGGUUAUUGAUGAUUACAUCUACUGUAUGGGAGGAAUAAAGGAAACAGAGGAUCACGAAUACACAGUCUCCAAGGUAUUGCAUACAUAUAAUUCUAAUUCUACCUGGGAAAUAGUAUCUGCUCCAAGGAAUCUUCGUUGGCACAAGCCGCUUGUCUUUGCCUUUGGUAGGAGGAUCUAUGUUGUAGGAGGCAAUAGGAUUUCCCCCGAUUAUUUUGAGGAUGACGAUGAGGAUUGGACACAUUUUUGUGAAUUUUAUGACCUUGACAACGAAGCCUGGCACGUUCUGUCGUUGAAAGUGGGAGAUAUGGACAAGUUUGGUAGUUUUGGUGCUAGUUAUGCAGCACUUAUGGAUAAUAAAACAACAACAGUUUUUUAUUCAUUUUAUGAUGGAGGUUCUAUGUUGUUUUAUGAUGUUGUUAUGGAGGAAUUGCGUUACGAGGAACAUCAUCCCAAUUUGGAAUUGGGGAGAAAUGGUGUUCGACAAGGGCUCGAAGGUUGUAAGUAUCUAGAUGUUUUAUUCCGUGUUGCGAUGAAUAGGAAGCCGCUUGUAUGUUAUUCGACGUUGUAUUGGUUUAGCUGUGACCUGUGCUUAUAUGGGUAUGAUUUUGGUAAAGGAAGAUGGUAUCAAUCAAGAAGCCUACUGAAAGAACUAAUUUGGCCACGUUCCCUGCAGAUAGUUACUAUUCCACUUCUGUUUGACCUGUGUAAUGGAAAAUUUCUAGUGAUGGCUCCUACAGGUCUUAAAGAAUUGGGAAUGGCAAUCCUUGUAGUUCGCAAAGAGGAAGACUCUCUAGUUGUGUCCGUGCAAUCCUCCAAAAUUGUACCUGUUGACACUUUAAACCACAUCAACCCCAUGGAUGGGAUGGUUUAUGGGCGGAACUACAGGGGUGCAUGGGGGGUUCAACUGAACCCCCUUCGUCGGAAAAAUUACACUGUAUAUAUAAGGUUUAAGAAUGAAGGGUCUAUGCUUGGAAAAAGAAAUUUGCAAUGGAGGACUAAUGGUAAGACGUUUGUUCGAUUAUUGUUUUUUGUUUGGAGAAAUAGUGUUAUUUCAGUGGUUUCCCCCUUACCUCGUGAUGUUAAAGAGGAACAGACUUAGAUAGUCCCUUAAAGUAUGCGUAGAGGAAUAUUUUUAUCCCUCAUAUAUACUAUUGAUAUAUAACAUCCCUUCUGUUGGCAAAAGUGGACAUCUUUGGUUAGCCCUAACAGAUCGAUUAAUACUAACGGAAGAAGUCCUAAAGCUAACAACGGCAGGUCAUUAAUUCUUUUAUUUUUCUCAGAAUUUUAUCACUUCUUCCCUCCCUUUUAAAAUAUGCCUAGAGUACAUACACAUUACCAUCUUCUACAGAUAAGCUACUGAAGGAAUGUCCUCUUACUUUUCUUUUCUCUAUAUGUUCAUCUAACACAUAACUUUUACCAUUUACAUACGCUAUUUAUAAUAUACACACAAAGAGAUUGUGUGUAGACAAAGAGAUAUAUGGGUACAGUGGGAUUGAUUAUGUUUCAUUUAUUAUUAUUUGUUGUAUUUCAUUUGAUUUGAUUCCGUUGCGGCAAUAGUUUAAGAUGUUGUAUUUAUGUUACUGUAAACCUCCGUAGCUUGUAAUGAUUCUCACAAUAAUUUGAUAGUAAUAUAAGAAUUAAAUACACAGAUUAGAAAUGUAAUUGCGUUCAAGGCUUUAGCAGAGAAGCCAGGUUUAAUCCUUCAGUUGAUUUGUUUGUGGUGUUU